UUUUUGGUUUCUGUUUUUUUCCAAGUUUAUGCAAAGAAGGAAAUUCACAAACAAGAAUAUCUCCCCUUCUCUCCUGCUUGAUCUCCUGGUUCUCUCUAGGCUCACAUUCUCUGCUUUGGAGGCUGAGGCAGGAGGAUCACUUGAGCCCUGGAAGACCCUGUCUCAAAAAUAAAACAGAAAGAAAAACCUAGACAAACAAAAAGAAUUUUUCCUCUCUGCUGGGUCUUAAUAUCUGGGACCCACUGCAGGGUCUCUGGCUGGGAAAUCUUUUCUUCUUGCUCCAUCUUUGUCUCCAGACACCCACUAUUGGGAUCAACUGCAGAGUAUGUGGUGUGUCAGUGGACUGUAGAAACCCGGAUUUCUCCCCAGAUGUUACCUAGAAGGAGGGACCUGCAAGAGGAGGGGCGACCCUGCCUUUUCCCUUGGGAGUCCACUCUUGUGGGGAGUGGGCCCACAAGGCUCUCACUAGCAAAACAACUAGAGAAGACCAAAGGUUGGAAUGGUCUCCCAGCUCAGAGAGGAUCCGUUGUCCCACCGUUUGACCAAUGAGGUGGUUCACACGUGUCCCACCAUCGGCAGCAAUGUGGAGGAGAUUGUUCUUCGGAAGACCCACUUCCUCAUGUGGGACAUCGGGGGACAGGAGGCUCUGCGCUCCACCUGGAGUACAUACUACUCCAACACGGAGUUCGUCAUCCUUGUGAUUGACAGCACAGACCGGGAUCGGCUGUCGACCACUCGGGAGGAGCUGUACAAGAUGCUGGCCCAUGAGGCACUUCGAGAUGCUUCAGUGCUGAUCUUUGCCAACAAGCAGGAUGUGAAGGACUCCAUGACCACCGUGGAGAUCUCCCAGUUCCUCACUCUCAGUGCCAUCAGAGACCAUCCGUGGCACAUACAAGGCUGCUGUGCUCUGACUGGGGAAGGGUUAGUGGCUGCCAGACCUGGAUCUGAUCCACCAAUGGACAGGGGCCAUCAGAACCCCACUCCUGUCUCUCUCCUGUCAGAAUCUGGCUCACAGUUGGCUACUGGGCCAAAUCAGAUGAAAGGGGUUGAAUUGUUGAAAUCAGGUUGGUGGGUAAGCUGAGUCCCUGCUCUCCAGGGCCUCCUAAUGCUCAGGUAACCCUCCACAUCAGCACAAGGGCAAGCUGGGUCUGACUUAGCUCUGGUGGUCAGGGAUGGCCUCUCCUAGAGAUGUAGUUUUUGAGCUGAGACCCAAACAAAACCCAAAUGAAGAGAAGGGACAGUCAUGGAAAGACCUAGGGGACAAAGACUUAGGGGAUUGAACCCAGGGGACAAAGACUUAGGGGACUGAACCCAGGGGCACUUAAUCACUGAGCCAAAUCCUCAGCCCUUCAUAUGUUUUAUUUAGGGACCCAGUCUUUCUAAGUUGCUUAGGGCUUCCCUAAGUUGCUGAGGUUGGCUUUCAAUUUGUGAUCCUCCUACCUCAGCCUCCCAAGCCACUGGGAUUACAGGCAUGUGCUAUUAUCCUUGAAUUUCUGCAAAGAGUACAUGACACCAUUCCAUCAACAGAUUUUUAUCAAAUACCUACUUCAUGCCAGGUAGUGUUUUGGGUAUUGGUGAAACAGCAGAAAACAAAACAGACAAAAACUCCUGCCUUCAUGGAGCUACAUUCCAGUGGGGGAGAGAGACAAUAAACCAACCAAACAAACAAACAAAAAAACUGAACCUGUAUAGAAGUUAAAAAGUGAUAAAUGUUAAGCAGGGGGAGUAGGAAAGGGAGACUGGAAGUAUGUGGAAGGAAUGUUGUGAUUUUUUGGUUGGGGGCAGUACAGGGGAUUGAACCCUGAGGCACUUAAUCAUUGAGUUACACCCCCAGUUCUUUUUUUUUUUUUCCCCCAGUU